AUGGAACAACUGAGAUGGCAGUGGACUCUGUGUUUAGUGAUGAUUGGUCUUUCAGGGCUCACAUCUGUCCAGUGCUUCAGCCAGAAAGACUUUCUUGGUAUGGUGCAACUCCUCAGUACUGCAGAGACAGACUACCUUGUCCCAAUGGAGAUCACCAACAAAGACUUCACACCCGCACUGCAAAACCCAGCAUCUGAAGAAUAUCACAGCUUGUAUAAAGAAGUCAGUGACUUGCUUGAUGCAGUUUAUGGAUGCUCACCUGGUUGUCCAACAAGCCCGUACUACAGAGGUGUUCACGGGAUGACUUUCAGCGCUGGAACUCAACAAUCGGUAAUUGCAGAUGCAACUGUAGCCUUCAAAAAGUACUCAACCAAUCCAUCCCUUCUCCGUGUAUUCUUUAUGAAUGCUAACAACAUCAAACCCCAAAUUCUCCACAUAGAUGUGGACUAUACAUUACAACACCCAAUAGCAAUUGAGACAACAACCACUACUGCAAAACCUACGACUACUACAACUACACCUACAACUACAACUCCCACAACUACAACACCCACAACUACUACACCUACAACCACAACACCCACAACUACAACACCCACAACUACUACACCUACAACCACAACACCCACAACUACAACACCCACAACUACUACACCUAAAACUACAACACCUACAACCACAACACCCACAACUACAACACCCACAACUACAACACCCACAACUACUACACCUAAAACUACAACACCUACAACCACAACACCCACAACUACAACACCUUCAACUACAACACCUACAACCACAACACCCACAACUACUACACCUACAACCACAACACCCACAACUACAACACCUACAACCACAACACCCACAACUACUACACCUUCAACUACAACACCCACAACUACAACACCCACAACUACAACACCCACAACUACAACACUUUCAUCCACAACACCCACAACUACAACACCCACAACUACUACACCUAAAACUACAACUCCUACAACCACAACACCCACAACUACAACACCUUCAACUACAACACCUUCAACUACAACACCCACAACUACUACACCUAAAACUACAACUCCUACAACCACAACUCCCACAACUACAACACCCACAACUACAACACUUUCAUCCACAACACCCACAACUACAACACCCACAACUACAACACCUUCAACCACAACACCCACAACUACAACACCCACAACUACAACACCUUCAUCCACAACACCCACAACUACAACACCUUCAACCACAACACCCACAACUACAACACCCACAACUACAACACUUUCAUCCACAACACCCACAACUACUACACCUAAAACUACAACACCCACAACUACAACACUUUCAUCCACAACACCCACAACUAUAACACCUACAACCACAACACCCACAACUACAACACCUUCAACUACAACACCUUCAACUACAACACCCACAACUACUACACCUAAAACUACAACUCCUACAACUACAACACCUUCAACUACAACACCCACAACUACAACACCUUCAACUACAACACCCACAACUACUACACCACCAACUGCAACACCUUCAACCACAACACCCACAACUACAACACCACCAACUACAACACCCACAACUACAACACCCACAACUACAACACCCACAACUACAACACCUUCAACUACAACACCCACAACUACUACACCACCAACUGCAACACCUUCAACCACAACACCCACAACUACAACACCACCAACUACAACACCCACAACUACAACACCACCAACUGCAACACCUUCAACUACAAUACCCACAGCCACUACACUCACAACUACAACACCCACAACUACAACACCACCAACUGCAACACCUUCAACUACAAUACCCACAGCCACUACACUCACAACUACUACAGCCACAACUACUACACCUACACCUACAACUCCCACAACGACAACACCUCUUAGUACACACUCUUACACCUCUCACACACAAGUGAAAAAAACUACAACUGUGAAUCCUCAUGAAAAUCGCACAGAUGUUCACCAUGUUUCAACUGGAAUGCCCAAUCAUUCCCAGACACCAGGUGGAGGCAGCAGCAGCAGCAGCAGCAGCAGCAAUGGUGACUGGGUACCUGGAUGGGCUAUUGCCCUAUUGGUACUGGCCUCCGCCAUCUUGUUACUACUCAUAAUCAUCUUUAUCAUGAUGUUGGUUCGAUGGUGUUGUAAGAAAACAAAGAGCGACCACAUGGAUACUGCUAAGGAUCCAUACUACAAUGAAGCAAAACAACCCCCCCAGGACUCUCUGCCAGUAUACUCACCCCGAACCCCAAUGGCACAGCAACCAGAGUCAGCCCCUGUCAUCAUUGGGGGCUCACCCAAGAAGAACAGGAUGGGGUUCUAUGCAGUCAAUCCUUGA